GAAAGAGAAAAAGAGAAAAAAUAAAGAAGGAAAAUAAAGGAAAGAAGGGGGAAAAACAAAAUAAAGAAGAAAAGAGAAGAAAAGACAAGAAAACAGAAAGGAGGAAAAGAAAAACGGAAAAAUACAAGAAAAGAGAAAAGAACACAAAACAAUAAAAGGAAAAAAAAAAGGAGGGAAAAGGAAGACGUUGCAAUACGACGUGGAAACUUUUUCUUGCCUCCGUUUCCCGAAGUCCUCAGGAGCCGGAAUGGAGCUGGAGAAAAGCUACGCGACGCCUCGAGCCGGCCGCACAGGACACGGAGGCGUCAAUCAGCUGGGGGGUGUUUUUGUGAACGGCCGCCCCCUCCCAGAUGUCGUUCGCCAAAGGAUCGUGGAGCUCGCCCACCAAGGGGUCCGGCCGUGUGACAUCUCCCGGCAGCUCCGCGUCAGCCACGGCUGCGUCAGCAAAAUACUCGGCAGGUAUUACGAAACCGGGAGCAUUAAGCCUGGAGUGAUUGGAGGAUCAAAACCAAAGGUCGCCACACCCAAAGUCGUUGAAAAAAUUGCAGAGUACAAACGCCAAAAUCCCACCAUGUUUGCCUGGGAGAUCAGGGACAGACUCCUGGCUGAGCGGGUGUGUGACAACGACACCGUGCCCAGCGUCAGCUCCAUUAACAGGAUCAUAAGGACCAAGGUGCAGCAGCCACCCAACCAGCAGGUCCCGGCUUCCAGUCACAGCAUAGCCUCCACGGGAUCAGUCACCCAGGUGUCCUCGGUGACCACGGACUCUGCUGGCUCGUCCUACUCCAUCAGCGGCAUCCUGGGCAUCGCCUCCCCCGGCGCCGAGAGCAACAAGCGCAAGCGGGAUGAAGGUAUUCAGGAAUCUCCAGUACCAAAUGGCCAUUCUCUACCAAGCAGAGAUUUUCUUCGGAAACAGAUGCGAGGAGACCUUUUCACCCAGCAGCAGCUAGAAGUGUUGGAUCGUGUCUUUGAGAGACAACAUUAUUCUGACAUUUUCACAACAACUGAGCCCAUCAAACCAGAGCAGGCAACUGAAUACUCAGCCAUGGCCUCACUAACUGGUGGGUUGGAUGACAUGAAGGCCAAUAUAACCAGUCCUACUUCUGCAGAUUUGGGAGCAAGUGUUCCUGGGCCUCAGUCCUAUCCUAUUGUCACAGGUCGCGAGCUGGCAAGUACAACCCUCCCAGGAUACCCUCCACAUGUCCCUCCUGCUGGACAGGGCAGCUACUCCGCUCCAGCACUGACAGGAAUGGUGCCUGGGAGUGAGUUUUCUGGGAGCCCAUACAGCCACCCACAAUAUUCAACAUACAACGACUCUUGGAGGUUUCCCAACCCUGGACUCCUAGGCUCCCCCUACUACUACAGCGCUACAGCCCGUGGAGCAGCCGCGCCAGCUGCUGCUGCCGCCUACGACCGCCACUGACGCCGGAGCACAGGGCAUCGGCACUGACAGCACACACGUCUGGGACAACCGGGACCAGUCAUCCUGCUGCCACCAUGCCAGCCACUCCAAAAGGGACGGAGAAAGUACCUAGUAGGAACAUGAUCAUUGAAAUUUUGCUCUUAAAAGCUUGUUGAACUGAUUAUUGUAUUCUUAAAUCUGGUUGGAUCCUGAAUCAAACAGAGCAACAGGAGGAAGUGGUACUCCUGAAGCUCUGUGUGGUCAAAAACGUGUGGUAGCUUCAUGUUCUUUGCAGCCGGCUGGCUACUGCUUUAAUCGCCUGCGGGUGCCAUGGCUGUAUCUGGGGAUAAGGAAGAGUUGUGAGCAGCUCCCCUUGGGGCAGCUCCCUCUUGCUGCACACUGAAACAGGCUGUGAGACUUAAGGCAAUUUUCUUUUCUUCUUCUUCUUCUUUUCUUUUUACUUUUUAAUUAUUUUGCUCUUUUUUUUUGUGUGUGUGGCAAAGGAAAAAUCAGUCUGCUCAACUUUAAGCAAGCACACCACUGUAAAUAUUUGCUUGUUUGUAUUACUGUAAGAGUAGCUUAAGCAUAAACAGCAACACUGUACAAGUAAGAAGUCAAAACACAUCCAAAAGUGUGUUUUGAAACUGGUGCACUGAUUCAAAGAACUCAGUAAGCUUUAAGCAACUUUGAACCAGGUUAACACUCAUUGUGGCUGUAUUUUGGGCUGAUGUUGUUUCUAUAUAGAGCAUCCUAUUUGACAGUUCUGUGUGAUCAUGCUAUAUGCUGGUAUCAAGCACAUGGGCAACUGAAAGACAUAGGCAAUUUUGUGAUACUUUACUGCUUAAUAUUCAUUUAUGUUUGUUUGUCAUCAUACUAAACACUGGAACAAAUUCACUGGUUUCAAGUUAAGCAGCAUCCAGGAAGGAAUUCCUAAAUAACAGUUGACUCCUUACAUAUAUCUCUACAGAUUGUGUGCUAAAUCCCAGUCAUGAAAACCCUGAGAGAAAGGCAGAGAAAUACUGUGGUUAUGAUUUUUGUUAAGUGCAUACAUUGAGUGGCGUGUACCAGGCAUGAGGGCAGCAGCACUCACUUUCCAAGCCAAGCUGAAAGGGAAAUGACUUGUUUCAGGGUGUCUGUACAUUUCUGUGAAGGCAUUGCAGAUUCCAGCACUGUAGUCCAGACAUGCCUGAGGGGAAUUUUGCCCUGCUAAUUCUGUGUUUCUUCCCUCCUACUUGAAUAGGAAGCACUAAUAGUCACACAUUUCAAUAUGCACCGUGUGGGGGACUAAAUUAAGAGAGCAGAGCAGCUAUGAAUGACCACUAAGCAGCUACACCAAUCUCUGCCUCUCCAUGGAGCCAGGAGAACUGCUGAUCUCUCCCUGAAGCUCCCCCUAGCCCAGACCAAGGCACAGACAACCUCAGCCACAUAAGGAUGAUGGGCAUGACUCCAUCCCUUCCCUCCUGAGGGCAAUGGAAAAGCUCCCUGGUCCCGUGGCAAUGAAGAUCUGGCUGUAACCUUCUCACUCCUGACCUAACCAUCCUCAUCUACCCAGAGCUGCCUGGGCUCUUCUGAGGGGUUCUUUGGUGCUUGCCUGCAGAAGAAAGGCUGUUGGUGUCAAACUUGAGAUGCACUCCUGUGGAGGAACAUUCAAGCAGGUAUUCACCAGGUUCCAGCUGUACAAAACUUUCUCUGGCAGCUCCUGAGUUAACACUAUUCUCUCUCCUCCCUUCCCACCUCAUCACUUGUGCUGCAUAUCUGGUAUCUGUAGUGGCCACCGAUCUGCUGAGAAAUUCCCCCUCCCACUCCAGUGGCGUCUUCUCAUGGUAUGGGAAUGCCGCCAUCACUUCCAAGUUUCCAGGGCAAAUAUGUACCAAUCCUCAGCAGCCAUGGAGACAUCCAGGUCCCACCAGCUCAGUGACAUUUCAGCAUGAUAUUCAUAGACCCCAUCAGGGAUUUUAGCCAGAGUCUUUUAAACUAACCCAGAAAUAACUUUUGUGAUAAACUUAUCAGUGAAAUGAGUGCCACUUUUAUUCUUUCAGCAAUUCAUUACUGUUACACACCUGUUUUUAACAAAAGACAAAUAACAGCAUGGAAAAUUUAUAUCAGGAAUCUUCUGAAGCCCUGCUUUGCGUUCAUAACUCUCUGCACAACCCAUGACUGCUUUCACUCCUUGGACAAUACUGGAAAGGGUAUUUCUGUCCCUGGGACCCUGUGCACGACCCUGGCCAAGGGGUGUGCAUUGUCUCCACUCUAAGCACAUGCACCUUCUCUGUGAGCUCAGGAAGGGAUGUGUCUGUCCAGUGCCUUUGCUGACGAGAUGAGAAACAAGGGUUUGACCACCAGUGAUGGUGAUGUAUCUGGAACAGGGGUGUGCUGAGUUACACUAGCUGUUGGGACACCAUCAGUCUUGGCUAAAACAAGUGUGUGUGCCCAGUGAGGGAACUGCAGCACAUUGGCAUUGGGUCCUUCACCCACUCUGCCUACUCUCCUGCAAUCACAUUACUUUUAGUUGCUUCCUCAGCAGCAUGAAUUGUGUGACAUACAUUAAUUCAGAUAAUGUUGAGAAGACCAAACAUGAGAUUUCAGCAGAUGUUAUAUCAUAUUCAUGCCAGAGGUGCUUGUAGUUUGGCUGGGGACUUAGGAAAGACACAACAGGUGUGUUUCCUCCAGAGGACGGAUGUGUGAAUUCCACCGGCUGAAGUGACCCAAAGUGCUCAGGCCUGACUGGUCUCAAGGCCUUCAUCAGGGCAGCCCUUGGCCUGCCAGGCAUGGUGGUGGGCUCCAUCCCAGGUACUCUGGAUGCACAGUCAGCUACUGAGGGGAAACUCCCAUCCUUGCACGUGUGAUGCAGGGACUUGUGCCUGACCCAUCUCCCAAACAUGGCAGCCAUGGCUCACUCACAUCUGCUGGGAGAUCUUUCUGUCAUGAACAACCAAUAUGAGUUAGACCAUGGAGUAUUCAUGCCAUGCUGCUGGAAAGGGCACUUCUUGACAGUAUUUCUAGUUUGGGGAAUAUUUCACCUGAUAUUUACCAACUGCUUUCCUCAGAAAGACUUUCUGUCCAUAGUCUUCACUGUGGAAUCCUCCUCCUUGAGGAGCAUCUUUGGAAGGUGCUGUUGUUAGAAGGUGGUCAUCUGGGGAGGACAGAGGAUUGCCUGCCUCCAUCCAUCCUCUGUGGCCUCACUAUUUCAUGGGGGAGGGACUACUGAGGGUGAGGUGAAGAUGGGAAGCAAAUGACCCUUAGGGGUUGCAAGGAGGGGAGAGAGCCAGUCCAGUGCUGGGGUUUGGGGUGCCCUGCUAAUCCUUUACUGCAGUGCCCUGCGGAGCAGGGAAUCAUUACUAAACCCUUGCAGAAAUCAACCCCAUGAAGUGCCUUCAGGCAGUUUCAGCACUGAACUCUGUUAUAGGCUUGGUUAGAUGGAGGGUUUUCCAGUACUUGAUGCUCCAGCAAUAAUUUUAUCAAAUACAUUGCUGACAUAGGCUAAGAAAUUAAAUAUGAGGGGUGGAGAGGAAAAAUGCUGCUGUAAGACUAAAUCAGUAGAGGCCAGAAUCAGGAUUGCAUGAAUAAGGGGAAUUCUGACUUUUUGAGGAAAUCUUCAGUUAAAUGCUGUCAGACUGUGACGAUAAAGAAGGCACAAAAUGUUGUGGACACUGAGUUUGUUUAUCAUCUGUGUCUGAAGGUUCAUUUAUGGAGAUAUUGUUAGGCAGCUCUACUGACUGCAGAGCUCUGGAUGUCUCAGUAGUGGAUCAACAGAUCAAAAGUUUUCUUUGAUCACUGUUGAAGAAGAGAAACAAUUGGGGCUCUGGCAUCAUGGGGCCAGAGAGUGACUGUUCAUUCCAAGAUGUCAGAGAAGUUCUCUGAUUGGACUGGCAGGUGUAGGACAACAUCAUUGCUUGAGGCGCUUGGGAAGGAGAUGGUGAGGAAAGAAACCAGGGUACAUGGAGCUCACAACCUGUCACCCCUCCUUGACUCCCUGUGACUGAGUCCUCUUGGUGCCGCAGUGCGAGGGCAGCGCAAUGGCAGAGGGCAGCAUGGUGGGUGAGGGAGGUGUGGUGGCCUCACUGUGCCAGGGCUUAGCAGUUACUGGAUGUUGAUAAAUGCUUUGCCAUGCUGGUCUUAGCUAAUGGGGUUAUAGUCCUGGUUUUCUUUUUUCUUUAAUUUAUGUAUUGUACACAUGCUUCAGUAUGAAGGAGAAAGGAAGCCAUGUAAUGGUCUUGCUUAUUUCUUGCGGGUACCCAUAGCUUCAAGAGUUGUGGCCUGUAGCAGAGUCAACUUGUGCAGCUGUCAUUGGCUCCAACAUGGCUCUGACCAAGUGUCCUUCCCGGUACCAUGCUCUUCUCUGCAUGCAUGUGCCACUGGAAAGCAUGAGGCCCAAGAGGUAGCAGAGCACUAGGCUGAUCCACCCCAUGACUCUGUCCCAGCAAAUUCUAGAAAAAACUGUUUUUUCUUCUGGAUUCAUUGAUUAAACAUUAGAUGACCAACAGCUCUUGGCUAACGUGCCCUGAAGUCUCGCUAAGUGUGCAAGUGGUGGUCACAUGUGGGUGCUGUUAGGCAGAGCCGGGCCAGGCAGCCUGUACUGACAGAGGCACUGGGCACACAUUCCCAGCUGCUGCUCCACUCUGGAGGCAGAGUGCUCAGUAGCAGCACAAGGCUGAGGAUGCCAGCUAGGAAGCCCUGUAGUUUCUCAGAUUUGCUCUUGUCACAGGUACAUGUUACUGCAGUAUGACAAACAAAAGGAUCUGAAAGGAUCAAACCCAAUUACUGUUCUUUUUUUGGUUGAGCUAAUGAGACUUGACAUGCAAAUGCUGAGUGAAAAGCAUGUCAAAGUGGUGCCCAGAUUGCUCACCUCGGCAUCACAGCUGGCACAGGUGUCAGCUCCAGCAGUGGCCUCACUCACCAGUCCUGUGAAAGGCUGACAGAAUGCAGGAGCUCCAUGGUGGGAGCCAGACUGGAAGGACUGAGCUGGACACAGCUGCAGCAUUGCUGGGUGAGCAGGCAUGCAUGUAGGGAUUUCUGUCUACACACCUGUAUGUGUAGGCUCACUUGAAUAUCUCAGAAGCUUGCAGGGGUUGUGGAGAGGUGGAUCCUAGUCCUGCAUCAGCCCCAGACACCACCCAGCCAGACUCCUGUGUCCAAGGUUUCUGGCUCUGCCUUGUCUAAAUGAGGCAGGAAAAAUGGCCAGUGGGCAUUUAGACCUGCCUUUUCCUUUGCUCAGCCUCCUGCGGGGAAAAAAAUCUUGUCCUGGUUUUUCACUUUCUGUAGUGGCCUUUGUACAUUUUGAAAUUACAGAAACUCAUUUCAUUGCAAAUGGAAUUCCUUUCCAAGAAAAAAAGGACAAACUUUUUUUUCUUACAGACAAACUACGUAUUAGGGACUUCUAGCAUCAAAGAAAUACAUAUCUAUUGUAUCCACCAAAGUCUGCAAUGCCUGCAUUGAACCUUACUUCUUUAAAAAGAGAGGAAAAAGAGAGGGAGAAAAAGAAAUGCCUCCUCACCUUGAGAAGUACAUACAAACAAAAAAUAACUUACAAAAAAAUUUCCUAAAAAUAACUGUUGAAUUGCCUUUGAAAGUAGGGGAUAACAUCUGUUGCAAAACAGAUGAAAAAAUGCUUCUUAAAAUGUGUAUGUUUUGUAUUCUUUUUUUCUAGUAGGAAAAGAACAAACUUGAAAUCUUGGUGUUUUUUCCUUAGUGCUGUGUGUUGCUUUUGUGUGUUAUAAUAUUUGAAUGUAAUUACAGCGGUGCCAAUUUGCCAAAGACGUCGAACAUUAUUUUGGGGAUUUUGUUUUGGGUUUUGUUUUGGGUAGUGGAAAGGGAGGUGGGCUGGGGAACAGGGGUGCUAAGGCAUGGGUCAAAAAGGAGGGGCCAUUUGAAGGGGUUUUUUUCUUCCUUUCUUUUUUUUUUAAUUCUUUUUCCUGUCAAUACUGGAAUUUGUGAUUUUAUUCUAAGUUAAAUGGUUGACUGCAACACUUUUUAUUUUUAGAUUAGUUGAAGAAACAUGCAAUAAGAUUGGCGUAGUUCAAUAUCUGUGUGUCUUUUCAUGAGAGUGACUGUUACUUGUGGACAUUUGGUUUUAUGUAACCUUUAUGUGAGAUAAUUAUUUGUAAAUAUUUACCAUAAUUUUAUUGGUUCCUAAAAUAAAAGUAAUUUUUUUAAGUUCAAAA